GAAAGGUUCCAGCAUUGCCAAGAGAUACAUGAGCAGGCAUUACAACGCAUCCGGGACCUCGAGCAGCAACUGCAGGAGUCGGAUUCAAAACGGUAUUGCAAGUAUUGCUCCGGGAACUCCGCUCCGGCUGAAAACAAUUUAAAUCCAUCGAGCGGGUACCCGGUGUGCAUGGACUCGCCUGCGCCUGCUCGGCGGCGCCCCGCCGCGCCGCACUCGCCGGCGCUCCGUGCCGCGCUGGCGGCGCCGGGGUCGCCCGCGCUGCGUGCCUUGUUCGCGCCGCGCCCGAGCCCCGCGCCCGCGCCCGAGCCCGAGCCCGCCGCCCGCCGCCCUGUCCCGCCGAGCCCCGCCGUCGCCGCGCCGGCUCCGUCGCCGCCGAGCCUCCUGCGGCUGGCUCUCGAGCGGCUGACCGUCGAGCCUGAGCCUCGGUCGCCGGCCCCGACACCGUCGAGCCUCCUGCGGCUGGCUCUGGAGCGGCUGACCGUCGAGCCUGAGCCUCGGCCGCCGGCCCCGUCGCCGGCGCGCGCGUCGAGCGCGGCGCCCGCCCCUGCGCCCGGCGCUCCGCGCGCGCGGAGCCGGGACCCUCCGCGGUCGACGGUCAUCUAUUCUGACGCGAUCGGGGCCGGCCUCGGCGUGCUGCUGGGUGAAUGUCUCCGGCAAAGUGUAACAAAUGUGUGUUUGCGUGGUGCCUCCGUCGAAUCGUUCGUGCGCCGCCUGGCGAAGGACAAGUUUGACAGUGGCACCACUCUGAUUAUACACCUCGGCGAUAGUGUGGGUGUGAAGAGAUCUCACGUGGGAUCCCUCAUACGCACGCUGUCCGACAUUGAGCGACAUGGAAUUUAUAAAAUUAUUUUAUGCUCUUUUCCGUAUUCCGACUCUGUUUCCCAUGAGCACAACGUUAGAGUGUCGGAGUUAAAUUCCAUGUUGUACAAUGCGACUUGUUACGAAAGCGCUUACCAUUUUAUUGAUCUGAACAUUAUGUAUAAAAGAAAUAAUUACCGUUUUAGCGAAAUUACUAGCUUACAACGUAGAACCGGGGUUUUUUGA